UAUUAACUAAGGGCCAAUUACAUCCACACUCGCUAUAGUGUCAAUUAUUACAUCCACACUUUAUCAGGCCUGACAGACCCGAUAUCAGGAGGCCUACCGCGAAAAUCGAAGUUCGUCAAUUGCGGGCAUUUUUCGCUGUCACUCUAAUUACGUCGUAGUGAGAGUAAAAGAGAAAGAUCCCCGCAAUUUGCGAAUUUCGAUUUUCCCGGAACGUAAAAAUAUCAAACCUUGAAGAUUCUUGUAGUAUUUUGUACAUUUUAAAUAUUGUUGAUGAUGUGCUGAUAUUCCGUGAAACGAAAAACGAUUAUCAGGCCCGAAAUCGGAAGUGUGGAUAAUGUUUCGACGCGACACUUUUUAAACUCUCGUGCGUAUGAGAGCGAAGCGCCACACUACAGUAUGUCGUGUAUAACCGCCUUAAAUGCUACCCAGUGCGGCAAACGUGGCAAAUCAUUGAAAUCAAGCUUCUGUCAGAUCAGGGGGCCUACCGCAAAAACCCGAAAUUCGCAAAUUGCAGAGAUCUUUUUCUUUUACUCUCACUAACACGUAAUUAGAGUGACAGAGAAAAAUUCCCGCAAUUAACGAAUUUCGAUUUUCGCGGUUAUAGCCCAGUAGCCUGUCACACCUGUCAAAUGGCUUUUUUGCGUUCAUUCAUGCGUUGUACACAGAAGACUAUACGUAAUGAUGCUAAUGAUUACAUUUUCUGAAAAAAUCAACACGACUAAUAAAAUAAAUCGAUAUUAGAAUAUUCAUAAUUACCUUCUCUAGUCUCUACUAUUUUCUCCUAUUUGUAAUAAAGCAUCGUGAUGCAUCAGUGCCUUUGUUGUCUAAAGGGGGGUCCGGACAAGGAUCUGACGAGGCCUUACACAUAUCUCGGCAAAACGGAGAUAUAUUCUGACAUGCUUAAAGACUGCUUCGAUUUACAGUUGACACUGGGCACCAACGGCGAGCGUGGGAUCUGUGAGGUGUGCGUGGGCCGCCUGCGAGAUGCAAGUGACUUCAAGCUGCAAGUGCAGCGGAGCCAGGCGGAGCUGCGGACACAGGGAGCACAUGUUAAAGAAGAAAAAGAUGCAGAUGGAACCUUCCAGAAUGUGAUGUGUGAAGUGGAGAUCAACGUUAAAGUGGAGGCCGAUGACAACCAGCUGUACGCCGACCACGAGAUGAGUGAUGACCUCGCGCUGGGGCCUGAGGUGGUACAGGACAAGGCUCAAGUCCAAGCAUCAAACCAGUCACCAGUGGGACUGCAGCCGCCAGAGCCCGAGUUCAUAACAGUCCAAGACACACCUUACGAGCACCUGCCACCACUCGCCGCGCGCCGCGCGCAAGCGACACGCGAGAACACGACCGCCACACGCGAGAACACGACCGCCACACGCGAGAACACGACCGCCACACGCGAGAACACGACCGCCACACGCGAGCGACAUAUAAGCGACGUCACUCCUUACGAGUGCGGUACUUGUGGCGCAAAAUUCCAGCAAUUGGUUUUACUGAGCCAACAUGUAUCAGCGACACACACUAAAUCACCCAAGCGAAAAAGAUCUAGGGUUGCAACGAUUAAAAAACCAAGAAUAAACAAAAAUAAAGAUAGAGCCGCACCAAAGCCAAAAAAGGAAAUGGACAAUAUGGAAAUGUAUACCUGCGAUUCCUGUGGAAAGAUAUUCGCCAGCAGAAACGGCUUAAACGCACACAUGCGUACCCAUUCCGAGAAGAAAGUGUUUACCUGCGAAAUAUGUAACAAAGAGUUUAGAUUUUUGAACAAUUUUCAAACGCAUCAAAAAAUGCACAUCAAGAAAAAAAUGUUCUCCUGCGACAUCUGUAACAAAGAGUUUAAGUUUUUGUGCCAUUUUCAAGCGCAUAAACGAAGGCAUUUGGGGGAGAAACCAUUCCCUUGCGAUGUAUGCGAGAAGCCGUUUAAUAAGUUGACCCAUAUGAUUAAACAUAAAUUGAGUCAUAAAGGUGAAAAGCGGUAUUCUUGCGAAAUAUGCAAAAUGAUGUUUAUUAGUGCACACCAUCUAAAAGGACAUAAACGUGUCCGUUAUUAUACGUACACAUCUUAAACUGUAACCUGGUGACCUUUACCCAGGGUACACUUUCUGACUUUUUUUUACCGUGAUUACCGAAAACUAUCCAAUUUUCGGUAAUUUCGGUAUCUAUUUUUGUGAGACUAUGUCACACCCUUCGUUACGUCAAGCCAGCAUUUUAUUUAUUUAAACUUUAUUGCACAUAAUAAGAAAAUAAUGUCCAAAUGGCGGACUUAAUGCCAAUAGCAUUCUCUACAAGUCAACUAACGGGCUAAAUAUGUAAAAAAUGGUGCAAGGAGAAAAGUAAGAAUUUACUUAUGAAAUUAAAAUUAUCGCAAACAUCUGAAAAGCUGAUAAACAAAUAAAAAUACUGGAAUAUAUAAUUAAUUUACUAAAAUAAGGAUGCUAAUCACAAAAAAUUACGUACGAUAACCCGCCUGGUACUAUAUCUAUCGCAAGUGCGUAAUUAUCAUACCCCUCAACAGAGGGCCUACCGCGAACCACGUUCGACGUUUUGCCUCUCUGUCGCACUUGUAAAUUCGUACGUAAGUAACUUGAACGUACAUUUCGAUGAGGUUCCGUGGAGGCAGGCAACGCUUCCCAUUCGUUAUGGGGGUGUAGGAGUCCGUGCCAUGCAGGAUGUCGGGGUUAUCGCUUUUCUUGCCUCGGCUCACGCGUCGUCGGUACUUGUCGCUAAAUAGUACAUUACGAUACAAGUGCGAAAAAUAGGAAAUUCGAAACGAGUGGCGAUAAAUUAAAACACGACCGAAACGAGUUGCGAAUUACCUAUUCGCACAUGUAUCGUACAACGUUUUAUAGUACAUAUGGCCCUUUAAAUGUUCGACACAGUAUCGUAAUAUGCUACUUCUCGCACUAGUGCUAUAAAGUAGCCCCAUAUGUACUGUAAAUGUUAUGUUUAGAUGGUGGCAGUAUCUACGUUCCGUUUGGUCGUGAGGCGCUGGUUGAGUGGUCUUUUCGCUCUCCAGAAGGUUUACAACCGGAGAAUCUUGCAUCACAAAGGCUUUGGGACGACAUUCUCUGUCUUCUUCUUCUUCCUCGCGUUGUCCCGGCAUUUUGCCACGGCUCAUGGGAGCCUGGGGUCCGCUUGACAACUAAUCCCAAGAUUUGGCGUAGGCACUAGUUUUUACGAAAGCGACUGCCAUCUGCCCUUCCAACCCAGAGGGUAAACUAGGCCUUGUUGGGAUUAGUGGGACGACAAUCUCUGUAAAAAUAUACAUACGAGUUUGUUGGACGGCGCUCUUGGGGCAGAUGCGGCACGAUUGAAGGCUGUUGCGGAGCCCGAGUCAGGGGCUUGGCUACACCGUUGCCAUCGCCCCACUUAGGAACGUUGCUAGACAAUGGCAGCGUUGCCUUACGGCUUGGGAGUAAGGUAUGUGAGCCCCACAGAUGUCCUUGUGGAGCAAUGGUCGAAUUUAAUGGGCACCACGGUCUCAGUUGUGUGCGGUGUGGGACGAAUACCUAGGCACCAAGCUAUUAACGAGCUGAUUCGACGCGCCUUGGUCUCGGCAAGCGUACCCUGUAUUUUGGAACCCCCUGGUUUAAGCCGUACAGAUGGCAAGAGGCCGGACGGUCUAACACUGGUCCCGUGGGCAAAAGGCCGGAGCCUGCUGUGGGAUGCCACAUGUGUGUGUACUUUUGCUCCCACUCAUGUCAGCCACACAAGUAAGAAGGCAGGUGCAGCGGCUGAGGCUGCUGCUAAGUUCAAACACGGGAAAUACGCCAACCUCGGACCAGUGUAUGACUUUAUUCCAGUCGCUGUCGAGACGGCUGGGCCAUGGUGCGCCGAGGCCAAGAAGCUGGUUAGAGAGAUUGGACGCCGGUUGAGGGACAGAGGCUGCGACCCCCGGGCUGGAUCUUAUCUGGUCCAACAAAUAUCCUUAGCCAUUCAGCGUGGCAACGCAGCUGGCAUAUUUGGAACGUUUGGGCCAGGUAGGGAACAGUUCGGGGCUUAAAUGUUAAUUUUUGACGGGGCUAAUAGUUUGUGGGGUAUUUUUAUUUUAUUUCUGUAUUCAUUUUAUUUUAAUCUACUGUUUCUGUACAAUAUUAUGUUGUCAUAUUUAUUAUGUGUGAAUAUUUGUCAUUUGUAAAUAUUGUGCGCUUUUUCCGCGCGCGCGCGCAUGUGUGUCUGUGUGUAUGUAGCUACGUAUAUUUAUGAUUGUAUAAAGUGUAAAGCAAUUUUUCCGCGUUUUUUUAAUACUGUUGACGGGGCGAUCAGCUACAGAUAUAUUUUUAUUUAGUUUUUUAGGAUACAAACGAUCAUAUAUAAAUGUGUUUAAACUAAUAGAUAUACAAUUGGACCUAGUUCCAUUAAAUAUAAAAUAAAGAUAUUCAUAACAAGUCGUAACUGGGCUUGUUCCGAACUGCCCGUAAAUAGGAAAAUACGUAAAGGUAACUAUUAGAUACACAACUAAGAAAGUACAGAUGUAAUAGUCCCUUCAAUUCAGUCUUAGAUAAUAGUACAUUACUAGAGAGGCCGGGCAGGGAUCGGAACCGGUUAUUUGGAAAAACUUUGAAAUAAACAUAUAUUUCGGUUUAUUUUAUACUCCAAAUAUAGGACUCGUUUGUGUUUUUAGAUAACGACUUCGUAUUAUUAGAUUGCCCAAUUAGAAAUGAAAUAAUUAACAAAGAACGAAAAAAUACCGUUUUCGUUCCCAUAGAAAAAAUGCGCAUGUAACGCCUCUGGAGUUGCAGGUGUACAUAGGCUACGGAGACUGCUUACCAUCCGGCAGGCCGUAUGCUUGUUUGCCACCGACGUAGUAUAAAAAUACCGGUUUCCGAUCCCUGAGGCCGGGAAGUAAAGAGUUGCCGGCCGAGUAAUAGACGAGAGGAUCGAUUAUGAGGCAGACAACCCCUUUUCACGCCGAGGUAUGUAUAGUGUUUCUCAAACAUGCAAUGAAAUAAAAUACUUUACUAUUAAGAUUAAGUUAGGUUAAGCUAUAAUAAAUAAAUAUUAUUAUUAUAGGACAUUAUUACACAAAUUGACAAGUCCCACAGUAAGCUCAAUAAGGCUUGUGUUGAGGGUACUUAGACAACGAUAUAUAUAAUAUAUAAAUAUUUAUAAAUACUUAAAUACAUAGAAAACACCCAUGACUCAGGAAAAAAUAUCCAUGCUCAUCACACGAAUAUAUGCCCUUACCAGGAUUUGAACCCGGGACCAUCAGCUUCGUAGGCAGGGUCACUACCCACUAGGCCAAACCAGUCGUAGCUAUAAUAGGGAAUAUUAUGCAAAACUGUGUAGGGGCCGCCACUAGCACAAACAAUAAACGAAGCACCUUGAUGCAUCAAGGCCAGUCCAGACGGGAACAAUUUUCGCCCAAUCUAAUUGAAUUGCCUGAUCAAAUCAGGUGGUGCGGACGCGAAAAUGUAACGGGCGCACCAAUCUCAAUUGAUUCCAUUUUUAGAUUUUGACCGUUCAAAUGGAGAUGCGGACUCAAGUAUGCUAAUUUUCGAUGCUAGUUGCCGCGUUUAGGGGCAUUUUUUUAUUUUGAACACUCGAAUCUCACCAUAAAUCUAAAAUCUUAUCUUAUACCUUUAAACGAGCAGCAGUUCUUGUAUAUAUAUAAACGAAUUUUUAUUGCAUACAUUUUAAAUGUUAAUUGACAUCUGCAUUGGCAGCAUGGUUCCAUUUUUAUCACUUGUCACUAUGCCCGUCACUGUCGCGCUUACAUACUUGUUAGAACGUGACAGGCAUGGUGACAAAUGAUAAAGAACCGACCAUCUUAGCCCUACAGCGGCGGCAUCAUGGUUCUAUUUUUAUCACUUGUCACUAUGCCCGUCACUUUCGCACUUACAUACUUGUUAGAACGGGACAGGUAUGGUGACAAAUGAUAAAGAGCCGACCAUCUUAGACCCUCAGAAGAUGUUAUAUAAUUAUUUCAUUCUAUUUAUUAUUAUUUUGUAAUUUUAAUAUUUUCAUGCUAUUGACACCACAUUAAAUUACUUUUUAUUAGUUAAUGGUUAAUUAUAUUUAAUCUAUUUUAAAUAAAUAUAGUAUGUAUUUUUUUUAUAGAAUAACAAUGUCUUAACAUCUAAAGUUUGACUUAUAAUAAAAAAAAGACAUUUAUUUCAAGCUACAAGGCUCGAUAAUCAAUUUUAACAUAAUACAAAUAAAUAAAAACUAACUUGAAACUAACAAAAAAUGUCCCCUAAAUCUGUUCCCUGCGGAAGGGUGCCCAUAAUGCUGGCUACAUUCCCCCGCUGAAUGGCAAUGCCGAUUCUUUGGCCAAGGAAUGAGCCAGCCCUAGGGUAGGGAGUGGUGUCGAGGAGCAUCUUUUUCAUUUCCUUAAAUAAACUAUGGGCAUCCUGACACCAAGGUCCCAAAGUCUCAACUGCAAACGCCGCAAAUAUGUGGUUGCUUGAUAGACCCGCAUAUUUGCGGCGCUUUAGAACUUCAAAUUCAAUCUUGUAAAUCUAAUUUAUUUUAAAUGACUGUGAUCUAAUCAAGUUAUCACUGACAACUAUUUUCACACGCCUACAUAGACUGAAUAUAUCAUGGGACACAAAGCUUGUAAUUUAAGAUCUUAUGUUACCAUAUGUUCAUUGUGAAUAAACGAUUUCAUUCAUUCAUUCAUAUAUAUUUUGGGGAACUCUGAAACUGCUCUAACGAUUUCGAUGAACUUUGUUAUAUGGGGGUUUUCAGGUGCGAAAAAUCUAGGUCUAAUCCCUGGGAAAACGCGCAUUUUUGGGUUUUUAUACGUUUUCCGAACAAAACACGGUAUUCCAGAUAUUUAGUGUUAAAAUUGUGUACGCGUGGACGCUAGAUGAGAUUGGCGCCGAUUUUUUUCCUGAUCAACCCGUCUGGAAUGGCCUUCAAUGUCAUUUAUUCGUAACUAAUAAUCUGUGAGUAAGUACUUGUCAAAAUCUCUAUGGUUUAAAGUUUGUGCUAGUGCUGCACUCUGGCGGCAGAACAUUGCAGUAUUACUUUCCCUAUCAGGUAUUAAUGUAAUAUAGAAACAAUCCAUUUUACGUAUGUAUAUAUUUACACUUAUUAAAAUAUAUUGUAUUUGU